AUGAGCUUCGAACAAGACGAAGCCUAUCCGUUCCUCGCGGUCUCCCGUGAGGAACGUGCCGCCAACUCGUCGCGGCCCUUCGAUUCCAAGAAGAACUGCUGGGUACCUGAUCCGGAAGAGGGCUACAUCGCCGCCGAGAUCAAGGAGACGAACGGCGAGCAGGUCACGGUCAUAACAUGCCGUGGAAACGAGGUGACGGUGAAGAAGGACGAGGCGCAGGAGAUGAACCCGCCGAAAUUCGACAAGACCGACGACAUGGCCAACCUGACGUUCCUCAACGAGGCCUCCGUGCUGGCCAACCUCCGCGAUCGCUAUCAGAAGAUGAUGAUCUAUACCUACUCCGGACUCUUCUGCGUCGUCAUCAACCCGUACAAGCGACUCCCCAUCUACACCGAGUCUGUCAUCAAGGCGUACAUGGGAAGGAGAAGGGACGAGAUGCCACCCCAUCUCUUUGCCACCUCUGAUGAGGCAUACAGGAAUAUGGUCUUCGACAAGGAGAACCAGUCGAUGCUCAUCACUGGAGAAUCCGGUGCCGGCAAGACCGAGAACACCAAGAAGGUCAUCUCCUAUUUCGCCAUCGUCGGUGCCACGCAAAGCGAAGGGGGCGCUGAAAAGAAGGAGGGCCAGAAGGGAGGAACCCUGGAGGAGCAGAUCGUCCAGACCAACCCCGUCCUCGAGGCGUUCGGUAAUGCGAAAACGGUGCGCAACAACAACUCGUCCCGUUUCGGAAAGUUCAUCCGCACCCAUUUCUCGUCGACCGGCAAGCUGGCCGGUGGAGACAUUGAGCACUACCUGCUCGAGAAGUCGCGUGUGGUGCGUCAGGCUCCUGGAGAGCGCACGUACCACAUCUUCUACCAAAUCAUGAGCGGCUUCGACGCGUCCCUGCGAGGAAAGCUGAAGCUGACCAACGACAUCACCUACUACCACUUCUCAUCCCAGGCCGAACUCACCAUCGAGGGGGUCGAUGACAAGGAGGAGAUGCGUCUCACCCAGGAGGCCUUCGACAUCAUGGGCUUCACCGACGAAGAGGUGCACGACCUCUACAAGAACACGGCCGGUAUCAUGCACAUGGGCGAGAUGAAGUUCAAGCAACGACCCCGCGAGGAGCAGGCCGAGGAGGACGGCAUUGAAGAUGCCCAAAAUGCCGCGCACUGUUUCGGCGUCGACGCCGAGAAGUUCGUGAGCGCGUUCGUCAAGCCGCGCGUGCGCGUCGGAACCGAAUGGGUCAACAAGGGUCAGAAUCUCGAUCAGGUCAACUGGGCCGUUUCCGGUUUGGCGAAGGCCGUCUACGCACGCAUGUUCCACUGGAUCAUCCGCAGGUGCAACAAGACUCUGGACGCAAAGGAGAUCGAGCGCAAGUUCUUCAUCGGCGUGCUGGACAUUGCUGGCUUCGAAAUCUUUGAUCUGAACUCGUUCGAGCAGUUGUGGAUCAACUUUGUCAACGAGCGUCUCCAACAGUUCUUCAACCACCACAUGUUCGUCCUCGAGCAGGAGGAGUACAAGCGGGAGGGCAUCCAGUGGACCUUCAUCGAUUUCGGACUGGAUCUUCAGGCUUGCAUCGAGCUGAUCGAGAAGCCGCUGGGCAUCAUCUCGAUGCUGGACGAGGAGUGCAUCGUCCCGAAGGCCUCGGAUAUGACCUACGUCGACAAGCUGAACGACCAGCACCUCGGCAAACACCCCAACUUCCAGAAGCCCAAGCCGCCAAAGGGCAAGCAGGCGGACGCCCACUUUGCCAUCGUCCACUACGCCGGCACUGUGAGGUACAACGCGAACAACUUCCUGGAGAAGAACAAGGACCCGCUGAACGACAGCGCGGUGGCCGUGCUCAAACACUGCGAGGGCAACGCGCUGAUGCUCGACCUGUGGGCCGACUAUGUGACGCAGGAAGAGGCGGCCGAGCUGGCCAAGCAGGACCAGGGAGCCGCCGCCGGGCCCAGGAAGAAGGGCAAGUCCAGCAGCUUCAUGACGGUGUCGAUGAUCUACCGCGAGUCGCUGAAUAACCUGAUGAACAUGUUAUACCAGACCCACCCCCACUUCAUCCGUUGCAUCAUCCCCAACGAGAAGAAGGCGUCCGGCGUGAUCGACGCUGGACUGGUGCUCAAUCAGCUGACAUGCAAUGGUGUGCUCGAAGGCAUCAGGAUUUGCAGGAAGGGAUUCCCGAAUCGUCAGCUGUACGCCGAUUUCCGUCAGCGGUACGCUAUUCUGGCAGCCGAUGCGGCGGGCAAGCCCGAGUUGAAAGCGGCAUGCACCGGAAUUCUCGACAAGCUCGUCAACGAGGGGCAUAUUUCCGAUGAGGAGUUCCGUGUCGGAAACACCAAGAUCUUCUUCAAAGCCGGAGUGCUGGCCCGUCUCGAAGAUGCCCGUGAUGAGAUUCUGUCCCGAAUCCUCACCGGGUUCCAAUGCCAAAUCCGCUGGUACCUCGGGCAGACCGAGCUGCGCCGGCGGUACGAUCAGCAGAGCGGCCUUCUGGUCGUGCAGAGGAACGUCCGCUCCUGGUGCACCGUCCGCACGUGGGACUGGUUCAAGCUGUUCGGCCGUGUCAAGCCCCUCCUCGCCGAUACGAAGAAGCAGGAGGAGGUCGCCGGCGAGAUCGCUCAAAAGAUCCAGGCUCUCGAGACGACACUCGCUACGGUGGAGCAAGAGCGGAAUCGCCUCGAGGGACAGGUGGCCGGCCUGGUCGAGGAGAAGAACAAGCUGUUCCUCGACUUGGAGAAGGAGAAGGAGUCCCUUCGCACCGCCGAGGAGCAGAACGAGAAGCUCACCGUCCAGAAGACCGAACUGGACCGGCAGCUGCACGAAACCGAGGAUAAGCUCUCUAGCGCCGAAGAAAAAGCCGAGGAGCUUCAGCGGGCCAAGAAGAAGAUUGAGGCCGAGGUCAACCAGCUGUCCCAGAACCUUCAGAGGGCCGAGCUCGACGUGAAGAAGGCUGAGCAGGAGAGGAACGCGAAGGAGGCAUCCAUUCGCGCGCUUCAGGACGAGAUGGCUAACCAGGAUGAGCAUGUCGCCCGUCUGCACAAGGAGAAGAAACAGCAGGAGGAGGCAAACCGCAAGCUGCUCGACGACCUCCACAACGAGGAGGACAAGGCUGCUCAUCUGGAGAAGCUGAACGGAAAGCUGCAAGCCCACGUCGACCAAGUGGACAACCAGAUCGCACUCGAGAAGCAGACCAGGGCUGAGCUCGAAAGGAGGGAGAGGAAGCUGGAGGGCGAGCUGAAGAUCCAGCAGGAGACGAUCGACGAGCUGCAGAGGGAGCGACACGAUGUCGAGCAGAACCUUCGGAACAAGGAGGCCGAUCUGCACGCCCUGAAUGGGAAACUGCAGGCGAAUGAGGAUCUGAUUGCCAAGCUGCAGCGGCAGAUCAAGGAGCAACAGUGCAGGAUCUCGGAGCUGGAGGAUGAGCUCGACAAUGAGAGGUCCCAACGCCAAAAGGCCGACCGCUCUCGUGCCGACCUGCAGGCUGAGAUCGAGGAUCUGAGCCUCCAACUGUCGGAGGCUGGUGGACUGACCGCCGCCCAGGUUGAGGCCAACCGAAGGAGGGAGGCUGAGGUAGCCCGAAUCCGCCGUGAGCUGGAGCAACAGGCCCUCAACCACGAGACCGCCAUCAACUCGCUGAGGAAGAAGGGAGGAGAGGCCAUCGUUGAGCUCCAAGAACAGCUCGAGAACGCCCACAUGAUGAAGGCCAAGAGCGAUGCGGCCAAGGCUCAACUCCAACGCGAGCUCGAGGAGGCCACAUCCAAUGCCGAUUCUGAGCACCGACAGAAGCUCGAGCUCGAGAAACAGCUAAAGACGUUCGAGAUCCAAUUCGCCGAGCUGCAACAAAAGACCGAGGAGCAGAACAGGCAGAUCAUGGAGUACUCGGCUGUCAAGAGCCGUUUGGGCCAUGAAAAUUCCGAGUUGAACAGGCUGGUGGAAGAUCUGGAGAACCAGCUGAACUCGUUGCACCGGCUGAAGGGCACCUAUGGACAGCAGUUGGAGGAAGCCCGCCGUGCCGCUGAGGAAGCCCAGGCCGAACGUCAAGGUCUAGCCGUUCAGUUGCGCAACUUUGAGCACGAAAACGAGAGCCUCAGACAUCAGCUGAUGGACAAGGAAGCGUCCGAGCAGGAGAAUUUGAGACAAAUCUCCAAGCUAAACGCGGAGAUCCAGCAAUGGAAGGCCCGUUGGGAACAAGAGGGUCUUGCUCGCAUGGAGGAGAUCGAGGCGGCCAAGGCGGCCCUCCAGAGAAAGGUGCAAGAGAUGACGGAAGCCUACGAGGGCGCCAACCUCAAGAUUCAACAGCUCGAGAAAGUGCGCGCCAAGCUGGCUGGAGAUCUCGAUGAUGCUCAGGUGGACCUCGAGCGCACCGCCGCCUACGCAGCCGCCCUGGAGCGCAAGCAGCGCGGAUUCGACCAGAUCAUCGCCGAGUGGAAGAAGAAGAGCGACGACCUGGCGAACGAGUUGGACGCGGCACAGCGCGACAACCGCCAGCUGGCCACCGACCUCUUCAAGGCCAAGACCGCCGCUGACGAGCUCGUCGAGCAGAACGACUCCCUUCGUCGUGAGAACGCACAGCUGACGCAAGAAGUCCGCGACCUGACCGAACAGCUCGGAUCCGGCGGCCGAACGGUGGCUGAACUGCAAAAGAUCUUGAGGGCGAUGGAGAACGAGAAGGAGGCCAUGCAGAAGGCUCUCGAUGGAGCUGAGGCUGCCCUCGAGGCCGAGGAGGCCAAGGUUCUUCGCGCGCAGAUCGAGAUCUCACAGGUCCGCGCCGAGAUCGAGAAGCGACUCGCCGAAAAGGAGGAGGAGUUUGAGAACACGCGACGCAACCACCAACGCGCCAUGGAGAGCAUGCAGGCGACCCUUGAGGCCGAGAUGAGGGCCAAGGAGGAGGCUCUCAGGAUCAAGAAGAAGCUCGAGUCCGACAUCAACGAGUUGGAGGUCGCCCUGGAUCAUGCAAAUCGCGCGAACGCCGACGCGCAGCGCACCAUCAAGAAGUACAUCGAGACGGUGCGCGAGCUGCAGAUGCAGAUCGAAGAGGAGCAGAGGCUGAGGGACGAGCUGAACGAGCAGCUCUUGGCCGCGGAGAAGCGCAACCAGCAGCUGCAGGCGGAGAAGGACCAAUUGGCACAGGCACUCGAUGCUGCCGAGAGGGCCAGGAGACAGGCUGAGCAAGAGGCCAUUGAGUUGAGGGAACAGGUGAACGACCUCUCGAACCAAGUGGCCGCGCUGAUGAACACGAAACGCAAGCUGGAGGCAGAACUUCAAGCCGUACACCUUGACCUCGAUGAGGCACUGUCGCAGCUGAAGUUGGCCCAGGAGAAUCUCCUCAAGGCUCAAUCUGAUGCUGCCCGAUUGGCCGAAGAACUUCGUCAAGAGCAAGAGCACGCCUCUCACCUCGAGAGGGUCCGAAGGGCACAGGAGUCGGCACUCAAGGAGAUGCAGGCCCGUUUGGACGACGCUGAGGCGGCAGCGCUGAAGGCCGGCAAGAAGAUCAUCCAGCAGAUGGAGGCCCGCAUCCGAAGCCUCGAAAUGGAGCUCGACAAUGAGAACAGGAAAUACCAGGAGGCCGACAAACAUUUGAGGAAAUUGGAGAGGAGAUGCAAGGAGGCCGAAUUCCAGAUCGAUGAAGAGCGCAAGAACGCGGCCCGACUGGACGACCUCAUCGACAAGCAGUCGCUCAAGAUGAAGGUACUCAAGCGUCAAGCCGACGAGGCCGAGGAGAUCGCAGCCGUCAACCUGGGCAAAUACCGUACCCUUCAACAGCAAAUGGAUGCCGUCGAGGAGAGAGCGGAAAUGGCCGAGAACUGCCUCUCUAAAUUCCGAUGCCGAUCACGGCUAUCCGUUGUGCCGGCUGGAUUCGGGUUGGAGCAGAGCGCGUCGAUGAUCCCCCUUGGACAGCCCCUUCAACCCAUCCACCGCUCCGCCUCGAUGCAACCCUUCCAGCGCCAACAACAGCAAGGAGGCCAGAAUGGCCAAAAUGGCCACCCCCAGCUCGAGACGCCCCAACAGGCGCCCCAGCAGCAA